GCUAGACCCUCAAAUAAAGCCUCACUGGUACAUAGCUGAUGACUGUCCGCCGCGUCUUCAAUUCCUGCAUCAACUCUUUCGAUUGCCAUCGCCAUUUAGCAGCGAUUGAAGCUACCCGCUCACACCACGUCUCCAUGUCGUACCGCCCGAAUUACCAGGGUGGCCGGCGAGGCGGCGGUGCUGGCGGAGGCCGAGGAAGAGGUGGCGGCGCUAGUGGCCGAAGAGGAGGUGGCGGCGGCGGCGGCGAGCAGCGAUGGUGGGAUCCCCAAUGGAGAGCCGAGCGACUUCGCGAAAUGGCCGGGCCGGUGGAAAAGCUCGAUCCAAACGAAUGGCAGACUAAACUGCAGCAGUUGAAAGAUGGUAGUCAACAAGAGCUAAUUGUUAACCGUAAUUUUGGCCGUGAAGGGCAACAGACACUUGAAGAGAUGGCUCAUCAGCAUGACCUUUAUUUCCAUGCUUACAACAAGGGGAAGUCACUAGUUUUCAGCAAAUUUCCAUUACCGGAUUACCGGGCAGAUCUAGAUCAACGUCAUGGGUCAACACAGAAAGAGAUUGUGAUGUCUAUAGAAACUGAGAGAAGGGUUGAAGAUCUCUUAGCAAGAUCGAAGGCGGCAGGGACCACAAGUGAUACAGGGAAUAUUUCCAGCCAGACAAGAAAACAUGAUUCUUGGAGUUCAUCGACCGCAACAAUAAAAGAAUGUUUUUCUGAUACUGUUUUUUCUAAACAUGAUUUGAUUAAAGACAGCCAGCCUAACACUGUCAGGGAGAGGUUCAGUGCUGAACUUAGAGACCUACAAAUUUCUAAGAAGGCAACUUUUAGUGCAACAGCUAUGCAAUCUUUUAGGCAAAAACUGCCGGCAUACAAGUUAAAAGAGAUUUUUUUAAAAUCUGUGUCAUGCAACCAGGUGCUAGUUGUCUCCGGAGAGACUGGUUGCGGCAAAACCACACAGCUCCCCCAAUUUAUUCUUGAAGAGGAAAUAGCAAACCUCAAGGGUGCAGACUGCAGUAUAGUAUGCACUCAACCUCGUCGUAUAUCUGCUAUUUCUGUUGCAACGAGGGUUGCUACUGAAAGGGGAGAGACUAUUGGGGAAACUGUUGGUUACCAGAUCCGCUUAGAAGCUAAGCGUUCUGCACAAACCCGGCUUCUCUUUUGUACAACUGGAGUGUUACUGCGAAAACUGGUUCAAGAGCCUGAUUUAGGAGGAGUUAGUCAUCUGAUAAUUGAUGAAAUUCAUGAAAGAGGCAUGAAUGAGGAUUUCCUCAUCAUAAUUUUGCGUGAUCUUCUUCCUCGGCGUCCAGACCUCAGAUUAAUUUUGAUGAGUGCUACAAUAAAUGCUGAUUUAUUUUCAAAAUAUUUUGGAAACUCACCUGUAAUUCAUAUUCCGGGUUUUACUUUUCCUGUAGAAGAAAUUUUCCUUGAAGACAUCUUGGAGAAAACUCAUUUACAGAUCAUGUCAGAGUUUGAUAAUUUUCAUGGAAAUUCUAGAAGAAGGCAGACGGUGAGCAAAAGUGACCCUUUGACUGAAAUGUUUGAGGAUGUUGAAAUUGAUAGCUGUUAUAAAAAUUAUAGCAUGUCCACGAGGCAAUCGCUUGAGACGUGGUCUGGUUCGUUGCUUGAUUUGGGUCUUGUGGAAGCAACAAUCGAGUAUAUUUGCCGUUCUGAAGGAGAUGGAGCAAUCCUCGUGUUCCUUACUGGAUGGGAUGAGAUAUCAAAAUUGCUUGACAAGAUUAAAGCAAACACAUUUAUCGGCAAUCCUAGCAAAUUUCUAGUUCUUCCAUUGCAUGGUUCCAUGCCAACAGUUAAUCAGCGGGAAAUAUUUGAUAGGCCACCAAGGAAUAUGAGGAAGAUCAUUCUUGCAACAAAUAUAGCAGAAAGCAGUAUCACUGUUGAUGAUGUUGUCUAUGUCAUAGAUUGUGGGAAAGCGAAAGAAACCAGCUAUGAUGCUCUUAAUAAGCUUGCUUGCUUGUUACCGUCUUGGAUAUCUAAGGCUUCAGCCCAGCAGAGAAAGGGCCGUGCAGGCCGUGUUCAAUCUGGAGUUUGUUAUAGGCUGUACCCAAAACUUAUUCAUGAUGCGAUGCCAGCAUAUCAGUUACCAGAAAUUCUUCGUACUCCUUUGCAAGAACUUUGCCUACAUAUCAAAACCUUACAACUUGGGUCAGUUGCAACAUUUCUUGGAAAGGCACUACAGCCACCAGAUCCACUUGCUGUUAAUAAUGCACUCGAACUUCUCAGGACUAUAGGGGCAUUGGAUGAAAGAGAGGAACUGACUCCUCUAGGGCGUCAUCUUUGUACUCUACCAUUAGAUCCAAAUAUUGGAAAAAUGUUGCUAAUGGGAUCUAUAUUCCAGUGCCUGGAUCCAGCAUUGACAAUUGCCGCUGCUCUUGCGUAUCGUGAUCCCUUUGUCCUUCCUAUAAACAGGAAAGAGGAAGCCGAUGUUGCUAAAAGAUCCUUUGCUGGUGAUUCUUGUAGUGAUCACAUUGCUCUUCUUAAGGCUUUUGAUACAUGGAAAGAUGCAAAGCGAGCUAAACAAGACCGUGCUUUCUGUUGGGAGAAUUUUCUAUCACCAUUAACAUUGCAAAUGAUGGAUGACAUGCGAAACCAAUUUCUUGAUCUAUUAUCUGACAUUGGCUUUGUCAACAAAACUAAAGGAAUUAAGGCAUAUAACCUUUAUGGAGGUGACAUUGAGAUGGUUCGUGCCAUAUUGUGUGCUGGACUCUUUCCUAAUGUCAUUCAAUGCAAGAGAAGAGGGAAGAGGACAGCAUUCUACAGUAAAGAUGUGGGAAAAGUGGAAAUCCAUCCAUCUUCCGUCAAUGCAAGGAUCCACUCUUUUCCCCUGCCUUAUAUGGCUUAUAGUGAAAAAGUUAAAACUACAUCAAUUUUUAUUAGGGAUUCAACAAAUAUUUCGGAUUAUGCUUUACUCCUCUUUGGUGGCAGCCUAAUUCCUAGCAAAACUGGCGAGGGGAUUGAAAUGCUAGGAGGAUACUUGCAUUUCUCCGCCCCUAAGAGUGUGAGACAACUCAUUCAGAGAUUGAGAGGAGAACUUGACAGCCUUCUGCAACGGAAAAUUGAAUUCCCAGCCCUUGAUAUGUCUGUCGAAGGAAAAGGAGUUGUGGAUGCUGCUAUAGAAUUGUUGCAUAGUUGAAAUGUUUACAAUCUGGCAUGUUUGUUAAAUGAAGCUUUCAUAGCUUGCCACCGUUAAUUUUCCUGCCAAGUUGAGUAAAAUACCUGUAUUAAUCAUUCUUUGGUUGAGGGAGAUAUCACUAUUUAUUGAAAGAAAAUCUGAAAAUAUUUUGUUUGUCAGAAUCUGAUGUUAGUUCCCUUACAUACUGCAAAAUCAUAUGCUGAACAAUU